GGUACAUAUGGCACCAAGGAGGUGCAUCUGGAAAUUUGUGAGAGAAUUCAAGUCAAGGUGGAGAUUUGUUGGAAUGCCUUGAAUUCUAACCUAUUUGACUAGUCAACAAUGGCUGCACCUGUCUGGAAAGUGGCUGGAAGGAGGCCUAGACAAUUGGGCAAGUGGGUUGCUAGUUGGUGAGGUGGGCCAGCUGUACGACAGCAGUAUUGUGGGCUGUCAACUGCUCAGUUCCCACUGGAUUUAGGCAGCCAAGUUGGCUGCCAUCUUUCCAAUAAAUAGGUUCAUUUGUAAGGCAUUCAGACAUAGAUCAGUCACCUAGAAAAUCCCUCUAAUGGCUGAGCUUCCGCCUGUUGAAAUAAAAGACAAUGAAGUAUGCGUUCGAAUGCUUGCAGCUCCCAUUAAUCCCUCGGAUAUUAACAGAAUAGAAGGAGUAUAUCCUGUCCGGCCAACACUACCAGCUGUUGGAGGAUAUGAAGGAGUUGGAGAAGUACAUGCUAUAGGUCCUGCAGUGAAGUCUCUUUCCCCCCGAGAUUGGGUUAUUGCCUUUCCUCCAACUUCAGGUACAUGGCAGACAUAUGUUGUAAAAGAUCAAAGCCUUUGGUACAAAAUUGACAAGAACACACCGAUGGAAUAUGCUGCCACUGUUAUUGUCAAUCCGUUGACGGCAUUGAGAAUGCUUGAGGACUUUGUGGCUUUAAAAUCAGGUGAUUCUAUUGUGCAAAAUGGCGCCACGAGUAUCGUGGGACAAUGUGUUAUUCAACUUGCUCGAGUUCGAGGCAUUCACAGUCUUAACAUCAUUCGAGAUAGGGCCGGAUCAGAUGAAGCAAGAGAAAAACUUAUAAAACUUGGUGCCGAUGAAGUAUUCACCGAGAGCCAACUUGAUGUGAAAAAUGUCAAAACUCUUCUGGUAUGCGGCAACUUAAUCCUGUAGCUUCACUAUUUAGGGCAGUAUACCCGAACCGGCUUUGGGCCUUAACUGUGUUGGUGGGAAUGCUGCUUCCCUGGUCCUUAAACUCUUGAGGCAGGGUGGAACUAUGGUUACUUAUGGGGGCAUGUCAAAGAAACCCGUAACGGUACCGACAAGUUCAUUUAUAUUUAAGGAGCUCUCGUUGAGAGGGUUUUGGCUCCAAAAGUGGUUAAGUUCGGAUAAAGCGGAAGAGUGUCAUGGCAUGAUAGAUUAUCUUUUGGGCCUAGCUCGCGAUGAGAAAUUGACCUAUGAGAUGGAGGUUGUACCGUUUGACGAUUUUCAUACGGCUUUGGAUAAGGCACUGGGAAAGAGAGGAAGCCAACCCAAACAAGUGAUCAAGUUCUAAUGUUUUGGAGGUAAGUUCAUUAAUCCAGAGGGAAGGUGUAAGAAAAGUUCAUGAUAAAACCCCUUCAUCCCGUUAGGGGUUUCCAACUUGUACCUAGUGGAGAUUUAAAAGUUUAAAAAUUAUGAUAUAAAUUUGUUUUAAAAACGAGGGAACAUGUGAAUCUCAUUUCUCUUUCUGAAAUAAAGAUUCGACAAGUACUUUGAAGUUUGAAACAGACAUAAAGUCAAGGUGGAAGA